AUGUCUGACCUUCAGCGCUCGUUCCUCAAGGGCAAGCUGAGUCGACUUCCGCCCGUGCCGCCUUUCCCGAGCGGCGCAGACGACGAGGAACGAGCCGAGGCUGAGUCGGGCGAUUCGUUCGGUGAUGCGGGUCCCAGCAUCGCGUCUGCCUCGAGCUCAGAUCUACAAAACAGGCGAAGAACACAACAACGUACAGACGACUUCGCCCCCAGGACAGCCGAGGGAUACUUUGAGCAGGCACUCGAGGUCGACGUUCCGCUUCGGAAAGGAUCCGGCUCGUUUCGAGUCUACUUUACUCCUCCCCGACCCAAGGCGGCGCAUGCACCGAGGCCGCACGCCAGACCUUUCGCAGCUGCGUCAAUCGACAGCAUCGACAUCGACGUACAGUCCUCUGCGCUGCCGAAACUUAACCGCAAGUUCGGGCUAUCUGGUGACGAGGACGACGAGGACACGGUCGAUGCAACCUCGCCGUCGGCUGCAAGGAACCCCGGUACGCUAUUUGUUUUCCACCACGGCGCGGGCUUCAGCGCACUUUCGUUCGCACUGACGGCAGCCGAGCUGACACGGCAGAGCGGAGGGGAAGUGGGAGUGCUGACGUACGACUGUCGCGGUCACGGCCGGACCAAGCUGCACAAUGUUGAAGAGUCUCCGCUCGACAUGUCGAUCGAUACUCUCUCGUCGGAUCUGACGUUGCUGCUCUCGACACUGUACCCGCGCACGGACGAGAUGCCGUCGCUUGUUCUCGUCGGACAUUCCAUGGGCGGCUCGGUGGUAGUCUCUGCGGCGCAUGCGCUGGCUGCCAGUGGAUUCACACGCAUCUCGGGCGUAGCUGUGCUCGACGUCGUCGAGGGCACUGCCAUGGACGCGCUCGAGGUGAUGCGCAGCGUCGUGCUCAGCCACCCCUCUGGUUUCGCUUCGGUGCAGGAUGCGAUCCGCUGGCACGUCGACAGCAAGACGAUCGCCAAUGCCGAGAGCGCACGCGUCAGCGUUCCGCCCCUCGUCGAGCCCAACCCUCUCUAUACCGCUUCGGCUCCCUCGACAGAUUCGGACAACACGGACGAGCCGCAGGAAGUCCUUGACGAGGCAGACGAAAUUGACAAGGCGAGCAGCAUACACGCAUACAAGUGGAGAGCGGAUCUGCUUGCCACCGAGCCGUACUGGCGCGGCUGGUUCCAAGGGCUCUCGUCGCGCUUCCUCAGUGUCCGGUCCGCACGCCUCCUGUUGCUCGCUGGAACCGAUCGACUGGACCGCGAGCUGAUGAUCGGUCAGAUGCAGGGAAAGUACCAGCUCGAAGUGAUUGCCGACGUGGGCCACUCGCUGCACGAAGACGCACCGGAUCGCACGGCUCGCAUCCUCUUUGACUUUUGGCGCCGCAACGAGCGCAUCCAACUUCCGCUCAAGCACAUCAAAAAGGUCGGAGAGUUGUGA